AUGGCUCCUGUCAAUGGCUCAGCGUCGACUGCAGCUACGGCAACGAAUGGCUUCGAAGGAGACGAGUUUUCCAACAACCUCUUCAGCGAUUUGGCUCCACUCCUCACCCUGUUUGGAGAGCAGGUUACCAAACAGUUCCUGUCCUUAUCUCUAGGAUGGGCCGAUAACGUGCUCCUGGCCAUGGGCCCUCUGGGUAUCAUCACGACCGUCAUUAGUGCUAUCAGGGUUGGUGGUGUGAGGAGGUUGAAAGCGCUUGUGGGUCGUGCGAGGGAGGGUCUGGCAACGGCUGAACGAGAACUCCUUUCCUCGACAAGUGCAGAUGUAUGCGAAUUGUGGAGUGGCCAAGAGGUCGUACGACAAUUUGGAAAGCCACAGAUCAAAGAGCUUGUCUUUUAUGGGCGCACGAAAUCAGAAGUCGACAAGGUCACUGAUUUGAAAGGUGCUUUGGCUGGCCAUGUUCUGAGCGCCGGACGCCACGAACUGUCCGAAGAGAAACGGGACCAGAUUACAUCCCAGUCUCCCAACAUUGCACUCAAUAUUGAAGGAUCCACCUCGCCGCCUUUGGAGCUAUGGUGCUUUGCAGCUGUCGGCAUUUUAUUGCAAUCGACCGCUCUUAUUGUCCCUGCCUUGGCUACCUACUACUGGUCAUGGCCCAAAGGGUCCUCAUCCAUUCAAGGCUAUGCUUAUCCUUGCUUCCUGGCAGGCUCCCUCGCAGUUAUACUGGGCACGAUGCUAUGCUCUCAUGUUAUUGAAGAAGUCACCCAAGAGAUCACGUUCGAGCCACGUCAAGACUCUAGCGAACACAUUGCGUCCAUAAUGCGCCUACAGAAGUCUUUCGUGGGCAGCGAUCAAACCUUCCCACCUUUUCUCAUCUUCAACGAAGCCGACAAUAAUCGAAUUCGCACGUCGAGGUUGUUCAGAAACCCACAUAUCAUCUGGCACUUCGUCCCCGGUAACUUCGUACUUGCUCUAAGCAAGAGUAAGCUCGCCGCCAGUGCUAGCUUAUUGACGGUCGCCGGGUUCGUCUGUCAGUUCGUUGGCCUAAGGGGGCUUCACUGGUCAGCCACCGUUAUACAGCUCGGUGUCACCAUGAUAAUGACGGGAGUACGUUCUUGGGUCCGACGCGGCCUCGCGGCCAAUCCGCCGUUCAUCAAGCUGGAACCGGGGAAAGAAUUGAUAUGGACUGCAAAGUUUCUG